AUGGCGUCAUCGAGAGAUAAUUUGAAGGUUUACCUUCGAGUUUCUGAAAAGAAAUCUGUAUCUCAAAACCCUAAAUCAUCAAAGAAGCCAAAAAUAUCAUCAGUUGAAGAAAACAUCGAUCAACAAGGAAACAUUAGCCGAAAAUCAACAAUGAAACAACAAACUAGUAGAAAACGCAAAGAGAUUUCUGAUAAUGGUAUAUUUUUGAUUAAAAAACAAGAGGAAAAACAAAAAAGGAGAAGAAAGAAAGUGGUGAUAGAAUCUUCAGAAGAUACAGAUUCUGUUUCAAAAGAUGAAAAUACUAGUCGAGCUAUAGUUCUGCAUACUUCUAAACAACAACAAGUAAAUUCAGAAAUUUGUCAAGAUGAAUCUAAAGAAAAAAAUGACAACGAUGUUCAAGAACAACCAAACAUCCAAAUCAACGCAGAAGAGAUAAAAGAUGGAAACACCUUACUUAAAGCUGCAAUAGACUGGAUUGAACAAGAUGAUGCUCAAAACAGCCAACUUAAAACCAUUAAAACUGAAAAAACACAAACAGAAAGUGGAGGAUCAUGGGGGCAAUUCUUCAUAAAACCAUCAAAAGGAAAUAAAGAUAAAUUGUGGGUAGACAGUCAAUGCCGAUUGUGUAAUUUCAUGCCAUCACAAAAUCAAAGUGAAGGUCUUUCUGACAUUCAUUCAACAAAAAGUGGCGAUGAAAAUAUGAAGAACAUUGAAGGAAAAAAAUCAAAUGAAGAAUAUGUUGUGACUGCCUUAGCUUUUCAUUUUAAAGGAUUUGAAGAAGUUUUCGAAAGCAUCCAAACACGCAUAGAUGAGAUCAUUGAAGAAUAUCCAAAUAGUGAAAUUGUUUAUAACAAAGUAAAUGAAUGGGCUUCAUUGAUUGAAAAAUUCAACGAUCAAGCUAAAAAGCACAAGAAAGUUAGUAUUGAUUCAACUCUGAUCGAAACACCAUCAAGAUUUCUAAAUUUGAGCCAAAAUGAAGACACAGAAAAUCAACUCAUUUCAUCUCCAUUGAGUGUAAAACGAAUGAUGAUGCUACAAAAUGCAAUGAAGAUAACACAGUUGAAGACCAAUCCUCAAAUCCAGAAAAAAUCAUUGAGAAAGAACCUACGUCAAUUGUCUUCAAAUGUGGAUGAAAAUGAAGUGGAAGAUGAUAUUGCUCGCCACGCUACACAAUCCGAAAAUCAAACAGAAUCUGAAAAUAAAACAAGCGAAAAAGAAUUUGAAACUUCUGUUCAAAUUACUGGGAUACAAACAAUGUUUGAUAGAAUUGAAGAACAUAACACUGAAAAAGAAAUCAGUAAUCUGAUUCAAAACACAUCAUUCCUGAACCCACAAGAAGAUCCGUAUAAAACACCUGUAAAACCUGUUCAGGAAGAACAACCAACAACUGAUAUCAACAAAACAGAAGAAAUAAUCACAAAGAUAGUACGACCAGAUCGACAGAAAAAUGUUGCAGAAGCAUUAUGUUCACCAUACUAUCAAAGACAAAUAGCAAUGAAUGAAGUAAGAACGACUCACGAAAACAACAUAUCGGGAUAUGCUUUCCAUGCAGAAGGAGAAAUAACGGACAUUCUCUUUGAAAUUAAAGAUCAUGUAUUUCUGUCGAGAUAUGCUGCAGAAACAAUGAGGCCAGGAUUGGAAAUAACAGGAAAAGUAAUCGAUUGUUGGGCAUAUAUUUUGAAUGAAGAAGAAAAAAGAAGAUCGAAAGACAACAAAAACCCAAGAUUUUUCUGUACUAUUCGAAUGCUGGCUUUAUCAUUGAAUGAAUAG